GAGAGGGAUAAAGGAGUGUUAGAUAGAUUGUGACAAUGAACGCGACCUUUUUACAAAUCUCGAUUUCUUCCUUACACCGGGUCACUUCUGUUUCGCGGUACCAUGUCCCCUGUUAAAACCGCGAUAAAUACGGAUUCAAGGCACGAGGGAACAGCUCUUUAUUUUUUUAUCAAAAUUCUCAGCCGAGUAUUUAAAGAUUGUCCAAGGGUUGGGAGCGUGGUCGGUGGCUGGCGGAGCGAUGUGGACACGAAGCGAAAGGAAGACAGAGUAUCGGCGUGCGAGCAGGAGGGAGAGACUGGUUGGGGUAGCUCGUAUUGAUCGUUCCUGGGUCCAUGUGACGCGCCUGCGUUUCGCCGUGGGGUAAAAUCGUAGCAAGGGUAAACUACUGAAGGGAGAGUGGAACGUCGAGGAGUGAGAGAGAGAGAGAGAGAGAGAGAAGGAGGGGGGAGGCAGAGAGAAAGACGGGAAGAGAGCCGUGCCGGGGUUCAUAUACCUCCGGGGCAACUGCAACGUUUCACCGUGCCACCGACCAAUCAAUGGAGCUCCUCUGUCUCGUCCUUUCUCUCUCAUCCACCGCGUCCAUCCAGUCGUAAUUCUUUUUCUCUCGGUUUCGCGAUUCUUCCUCGUCCGACGCGAUUGCAUCGCGCACACGUUACCCUCUCGAGAUACGAUAUGCAUAUGCAUUCGCGGUAUUAACAGCCUCGAUGCGUCUAUACGUUCCCACCGACGCACCGAUCUAUCGAAGCUUCGUUCAGAUUUAAAGAGAUUAUCCAUUUCGCUUGGACUUUCGAACGAGCAACGCUCGCUCCGAUAACGAGGAAAUCGUCGUAUACGAUUUCAGCCUCGAAUUACAUUGAACGUUUCACUCGAAUUCCAUAGAACCCCAACAAUGUUUCCUCUCUUAAUGAAAGUGUUCCAUCGCAGCCAAAAAAUACACGGCCUCCGUUCUCUUUUCUCUCCGCGAGCAUUUGUUUACGUUACGUAAUCACUCUUUGUGGACUUCGAGGAUAGUCGCAGGGUUUCCCCGGUUACUCGGUGAUACGAUCAUUGCCUCGUAAGAAAGAGGCGAUCGCGCGGAUCGGCGCAUACGAUAGCGUGCAAGUGGAAGUAGGAGCGAAAAGCGGAGGCAAGGGUGACACGCGACCACGCGGGGAAGACCGGAUCGAUCGAUCGCACCUUAAUUAGCGCAGCGAUUACGUGCUCGCUUGAUCGAUUCUGGCUCCGUGUUUUCUCAAACGACGCGCCGGUUUUGGAAAGAGAAAUGGACACUCGUUAAAAUCGUUGCAGAUCCCUCCGCGCUUCCACCGACGACGGUCCCAACCCUUCCGUAUGCAAACAUGCACGAAAUUAUAUAUACCAGCGUCGUAAUUAUUUAUCCCCUCGCAGAUUUAAGUCGGUAUUUGUCGAACUACUUUUACCCGCGUCUGGCGUUGUUCUUUUCAUUGAUUCCGUCCGUUUCUUCGUCACGCCUCGACGGGAUUUGUAGAAACUCCGAUGGGUCUCGCAAAUAGGAUUCGUCGAUGCGGUAUCGACGGACCUCUUGGCCCCGGGGGUUCGUCGACCCUGGAAAAAGUUGACGGAUGAAAUUAUUACACCAGUGGCGUGGAGUUCUAUAUGCUCGUGCACACGGUAUGGUCGUAACGACGCGCCGGAUCGAUGACUGACACGCACGGUGGGACCAAACCCCGAAAGCGUGGCUACCUACUACCUACCUUCGACAGCUGGAUCUAGACGAAAGAAGGGGGUGUUUGCUCGGCUGACGUUUUGUCAAACAGCGAAUGAUUCACUAGUCUCUGUUUUCAGUCUUCGUGGAAUAGUCUCCGAUGCUGCUACACGGCUUCGUAUAAUCUCUCUUCGGAAUCGUUCAGGAUAAAUGGUUGCCCUCUUUCGAAUCGAAGUGCUCCGAAACAUUGUUUCAUCGGCGCUGAGGCUAUCGGAGGCCAGUAAAACUUUCAUAUGUAAUUCCAACGUUGAACGCGGUGACAACUUCCUGUCGCGCCGCGUGGCCGGUUUUAUGCCCGCCGAUUAUAAUGGAACACGUUCGCAUAUGCGGCUACUUCGUGUCCCUAUUUUUUUCUACAUACCGUUCCGCAUCUGUUGCAAGUCCCGCUGCCCUGGUCCCAACUCCGCUCUCUCUUUUUUCUCAUGCCGACUAGACAAUACCUGCCGUCCCGUUCUCUGUCUUUCGCUUAUGUCAGCUCCGGUCAUGCACGAUGACUGACCGAUCGAUCGGCUCGCAAAGAAGGAAGUCAAUCGAAAAGAUCGUUUCUCCGAUUAUUAGGCAUUCGUUAAUCGUGAGUGGAGUAGAAUUUGUAAUUCGGUUGACGAUUAUUUAUCUCGAAUCUUUAGCUUUUUCUGUCAUGUCAGAUCAUUUAAAGAGACGAUGCGUGAUUUACGAGGAACCUCUUUUGAAGUUCGGUAACGCGUAUAUCUGUUGGUUCCGGAAGCGAGUUUUCAAAAACGUAGCCCGCCGGUUAUUGGCACGGUCGCACGUGUUUCGUCAGCGACACAUAAUUUUGGCUCAGCGUCGUUUCGUAUACCUCUCUCGAUUCUCAAGUAUGAACUCUGGGUAAGGUCAGGGAUGCAGCUUCUUCCCGCAUUCAUUCGCAACCGCAUCCCAAUUAUUUAUAUCAGAGGUGCACAUCUCUUUGCGGCGAUUUUUCUGCAGUUCCUUUCGUAAACGAUUUUCAUGGUCAUUGGCAAAUGGCCACCGUGCGGACGUGAUUCAUGAUUUCGAGUUCACUGCUGGAUCGAGUGCAGCCUGGCAGGGGAUAAAAGAAUUCUUGUAUCGACGCGAUAGCGUAACCGGGACGGACGGCGGGGGUCAAAAACCGUGAAGGGGUGGUCAUGAUCCGAUGCGAGGAGCGAUGCAAGCGGGAGGCAGGAUCGAAGGACGGGGGAUGUUUUCUGCCUCGUAAUCCCGGGGAGCCAUAUUGCAAACCCCUGCAGACGCUUCGUAACGGAACAGAGGAGGUUUCGCAUCGGUAUUAAUGAAAUUUCCACGGGUGACGCAAGGUGACAAUUUUGCAUGUUCCUCCGAGGUUCGACGAGGUCCGUUGAGGACUGAACGUUAGAGGGAUGAACAGUCGAAAUCGGGAGGGUUGUUUACGGGACGUACCGAUUCGAUCGGCUACGAGAGGUCACAGUUUAUUUAAGAACGAGCAUACGUCUCUUAUUAGUUCGAUCGGCAACCCUUCGUGCGAUUUGGGUUGAUGGUCGGAGGCCGGGGCACGGGCAGCGGCAGGAAUGGAACGAGGGGGGUUCUCGACGAGCUCGGCCGAUGGUUUGCGACCGAAACCGAGUCGAAACGAAUACGACCGAGCCAGCUUGGCAAGGCGCUUGAACGCGGUCGCCGAGUCCAGUCUCUAGGCAGCCUCCGCCCGAGUCGUGUCGUUAUUUCCGUUUUCUUAGUAUAGUGUUUAACGCUUUAAUUUCUAGUCUCGCGUAACCCUCUAUCAUACACACGUACACACACAGACACAGACACGCACACGCACGCACGCACACACAUACACACGGAGCAGACACGUAUAUCGUUCGAAACAUCCGCACACACAUACAAAAUACGUUCACGCAUCCCAUGACCCCCACGCCCUCGUUUCUUUUCACGGUCGACGUAUACGAAAUUUGGUGACUCUUGAGUUCGCGAGACAUCGGACAGCGUUUCCGUGGAUCCGCGCAUUCUCGCUACGCGCAACCAGACAGACCGUAUGUGCCCGUCAAAGUGAGACCGAGGGACCGAUGACCAGGAGGCGAGCAUAAAUGCCGAUUUACGAGCGCUCGCGUCGUACUUUUCUUUCAUUGAUUUCCCCUUCUGUUCCGGGCGGCGGUGCAAGAGCGUGAUAGUAGGUACACGUACCUACGAGAGAUAGAUAGACAGAUAGGGAAAGAGGGAAGAAGCAGGGACCGGCGCGAUACGGGAGCAGUUCGCCGCGUACCAUUCGGGGGAUUUUGCACGGUGCUCGGUUUCGCGUGCGGCCGACGGCGACAGGCGUUUAUCGCUGAACGAGUAAACAAGAACGCGCCGAUAGAUCAGCGGACGGGUAGUACGGAAACGGAGUGCGGCCGCGGUCUCGAGAAGAAAAAGAAAAUAAAAGAAAUUAACAAGUGUUUCCUGUGUCUCCGUGUGGAUGUGUGUCGUGCGUUUUCGCGUACAUCGAUCGUGAGGGGGGUAGAAAGGUGGAUCCUGAAAAGAGGCGGCGAGGGAAAGCUUUGGUACGUAGUUAGAGGGAAAGAAGAGUGCAAUGAUGGCGAACGGAAUGGACAACACGGUCGUGCAACAAAACGGUGGAUCCACCCUCGGACAGACCUCGCAGGAAGAAUCGAAAACGAAUCUAAUCGUCAACUACUUGCCACAGAGCAUGACGCAGGAUGAGAUUCGAUCGCUGUUCUCCAGUAUAGGCGAGGUCGAGAGCUGCAAGCUGAUUCGGGACAAACUUACCGGUCAGAGUUUGGGCUAUGGUUUCGUUAACUAUCAUCGGCCCGAGGACGCUGAGAAGGCGAUAAUCACUUUGAAUGGUCUCCGUUUGCAGAACAAAACGAUCAAGGUAUCGUACGCGAGACCGAGCAGCGAGGCGAUCAAAGGCGCAAACCUGUACGUGAGUGGUUUGCCGAAAAACAUGACUCAACAAGACCUGGAGAAUCUGUUCAGCCCGUACGGCAGAAUCAUCACGUCGCGGAUACUCUGUGACAACAUCACCGACACUGACGAAGUACGACAGUUUGUGACCGGCGGCGGAGACUAUUUGCCCGGAUUGUCGAAGGGGGUCGGUUUCAUAAGGUUCGACCAGCGGGUCGAAGCCGAGAGGGCGAUCCAAGAGUUGAACGGUACCGUUCCGAAGGGCUCGAACGAGCCUAUCACCGUCAAAUUCGCCAACAAUCCGAGCAACAACAACAAGGCGCUACCGCCGUUGGCCGCUUACCUGGCACCCCAGGCAACCCGACGAUACGGCGGCCCGAUCCACCACCCAACCGGCCGCUUCAGGUACAUUCCACUGUCGCCACUAUCCAGCACUGGCAAGGCCAUGCUUGCCAUUAACAAAGGCUUACAGAGUAGGUACAGCCCGCUGGCAGGCGAUCUCCUCGCGAACUCGAUGCUGCCCGGGAACGCGAUGAACGGCUCCGGCUGGUGCAUCUUCGUGUACAACCUCGCUCCAGAGACUGAGGAGAACGUGCUGUGGCAGUUAUUCGGUCCGUUCGGCGCCGUCCAAUCGGUCAAAGUGAUCCGCGACCUCCAGACGAAUAAGUGCAAAGGCUUCGGUUUCGUGACGAUGACCAACUACGACGAGGCGGUGGUCGCCAUCCAGAGCUUGAACGGUUACACGCUCGGGAAUCGGGUGCUCCAAGUGAGCUUCAAGACGAACAAGAGCAAGGCGGCGUAGGACAACAAGCAGCAACGACGCCAAGACUAUCGUCGCGAAAUCACGGCGGCCAAAGAGGGAGGGGAAGGAAGAGGAGACGAGGGAAGACGACCGGCUGCCGUGGCUACGACCGGUACCAACGCCAGGAUGACGACCGCCGUCGCCGCGGUAGUCGCCGCGGUCACUCCCGUGACCGUCCAUACGCUCGCGGCUGCCGUCUAUGCUUCCACCAAGAUUAACCACGGCCGUCUCUCCAUCGAUUCCGUUACCUCGGUCAUCGAUACCCUGAACAAUCGUUACCGCGGCGAGAACCAUCACCAUCAUCACCAUCGACGGCAACACCAUGACCAUCACGCGCGCAAAAUGUCCGACGAUCACGUUCGCAAGCUCGUGUCGAAGUUCGGAGCCAAGGGAACCACGAAGACGACGACGAAAUCGAGUAGCCAAGCUGACCUCCUUGAAGAACGUUCGGUCGAGAGGUAGAGAGAAAGAUAGAUAGAUAGAUAGAGAGAGGGAGAGCGAGAGGGGCGGGCGGGAUAUAGAAGAGUAUUGAUAAGAAGUGCGUGUGCGUGUAUACGUGUGAAGAAGGAGUGUGCGAUGGGUACGCGUGUCGGCUGAAUGCAGGUAUAAGGUAAUCUAGGAGAGAGAGAGACGAAGAGGAGGAGGAGGACGAGCAAAUGACGAUGAUGAACAGAGGGGAAGAGAGAGAGGUAGGUUGUAAAUGCGUCGAACUAUCGAUUUAAUUAGCUUAAUAUUUAACUGUAACGGGCGCGCCGGAUCUAACUGGAAGAGAAAAAGGGGAAGCAGUAAUUCCUCUUACUUUUUCCACUGUCCUUGUUUCAACCAUUCCCUCUUUUUGCCUCUCUGAUUCGUUUACUUUUCUCCCGGGGAAACGCGAGGUCCUGAUCGCCGUACUCGCGAGACGCUCGACGACCGCGUGCUUUCGUCCUCGAGGAAUCCGCUGAACAAAAUGUGGAUUUCCUUCGAAUCAUUGACUAGAGUCCUCUCGAUGAGGCUGAUCAAAACAGUAGCUCGCGUUUUCCCAAUUAUCAGCGAACGUGAAGGAACCUGUGAAGAGAGAGAGUGAGAGAGAGAGACAGUAACGGGAUUAUAUGAUAGAAGCAGUGGGUGGUUGCAGAGAAAUGGUAUGGGAACGAGGGAUGAAUGAGUAGAGACGGAACGUAGCAGGACGCGGCGAGAUGGAUCGCGAGCGAGGUCGGGUCGCGAGCGAGGACGGGACGGGGACGAUCGAUCUCGGAUCAAAUCGUUUGAUCGAUCGGACGAGGCAGGUUGCCUCUGGACAACAGAAUAAAUUUAAUAAAUCGAUAGGGAGCGAAACGCAACGACGAUGAAAGGAGAAGCGAAUCGUCGAACGCGAACGAUCUUUUCCCAAUUCUUUCUUCUACUUGUUUCAAGUCGGGGAGACCAAACGUACUUAAAGAGAAACUGAAUCGGGGCCGAGCCGCCGUUCGGUGAGUACCGAAGGGACGAGGUACAUAAUUAUUAUAAUAUAUUUAAGGGAAUAAUUAAUUUAGGGCUUACGUGCUAUACAAUUUCUAUGUCGCGACAGAUCGAGAUGUCGUUACAGUAACCCGAGGGAUUACGUCGUAUUUAUCUGUAAGGUAGCAACGCGUAAUGGUACCGUUUCCUUAUUGCUAGUCACAAGCUCUCGUACUUAUCUCGCGGUCGCCCAAAGAGUAGCCCACGUGCUUUUCUUCGUUCUUUCUUUUCGAUUUCGUUCAUUUUCCUUUCUUAUACGCGUAAGCGUAUAACAGAGAUCUUAGCUAGUACAAAGUGCUUUCUUAAACGCGAAGUCUGAUUUCACCGAGCGCACCGCGUAUUAGAGUCCCUCGAAUGUACACCGUCCGCGACCAGGACGUUUUAGAAGAAUUUUGUCAGCCAUCUUUUUAAUAAAUGGGUACGAGAAAAACGGAAAAAAAACAUACACGUAGAUCGCGGCGCGGAGGGAACGUACAAUCGUCCCUCCGUCAUACGAUGUUCCAAUUUUUAUAAACACGAAACGUUCGAUUUCUCUUUUUUAACGAAACUACCGAUACGGAAAAUAUAAAAGUCCAACGUACAAAAUAUUUAGAGGAAUUCAAGAGAUAUUUCAUAGAGAACAUUUACCCGGUGACACAGAUCGACACGCGACGUGUCCUUCCUUGCUACCGUUCCCCUUUUUGUAACAAAAUGAAAAUAAAUAAAGAGACCAUUCGAGACGGUGCACGGCUGUGUGAUAUGGACGGAUCUACGUCGGACGAACACGUGUCUAGUCUUGCAUACAAAGAAGUGUCGAGCCGUAGGAUGGACGACACUGCGCAUUGAUAGCACCACCGUAGAAAGAGGGAACGACGACGCGAUCGUGCAUUAAACUGUUAGGGGGAUCAGGCGAUGUUUAAUCGUGAGAAGAAGGCGCGUCUUUUAGGUGGUGGCAAUGUGUAACGAAAACGAGUCGGUUCGCUCGCGCUACUUUUUGGCGAUUACAAUUGAAAGAGAAAAAAAGAAAAUUGAGUAGAUUGAUGAUCGGUCGUAAAUGAUAGCAGCGCGAGCGGAUACGAAGCUUACGUACUUAAUCCUGAAUACAGUUUCAUGAAAUCCUAGGUUUAAUAAUGGAAGAGAUAAAAAAAAGCGUAGUGUAUAUUAUAUAUACAUAUGCACAUAUACAUAUAUAUAUAUAUAUGUAUAUAUAUAUAGAUAUACAUAUAUGUUGUCCUAUUUAUGUGUACCUUCUUGUGUCUAGUCCGGGGAGGGAAAGAAGGCAGGCUGUGAAAGAGAAUACGCUCCCCAGGAGCGCGACGUUACGCACCUGCGUCACCCUCCCGUAAAGAAACGUAACUUGAACCUCAAGUAACAGAUAGUUAAUCGCUAAGAUUUUAUUUUAUUUUAUUUAUUUGGAAGAGCCUCGUGAACCGCGAUCGGUCGGGUCUCGAACGCGCGUUUCAACCCUCUGAACGUUGGGCAGGGCGGAAAAGAAUGCGUCGACGCGAUCGACGCGCCUACGGGGCGAAGAGGAUCUCGAUAAUUUAGUGCAAAUUAUGAUAAUAAAUGAUACACCGGCUGGUUAAUGACGGGCAACCUAGUGUAGUAGCUGCGUGUAACACGCGUCGAACACGUGAGAAACAGAAGAAACGAUUCCGAUAGGAACGAUUCGCCCCUCGUUUCAAUUCGACGAGAUCUAUUUAAAAUUGAAUGAUUUCUCAUGAACGCUUCGAGAGGUAAAAGAUUUAAUUAAUUGAAACGGGGGACGAAUCGACGUUACAGUCUCUACGUUUUCUUACGCGUAAUCGCGAUCAGAUCGAUUACCGUGUAUAAAAC